AAGUCUAGACUUAGAAUUGAAGUUAUGGGGAAAAUAUCCUAUAAUUACGGGAGUUGACGAAGCAGGACGGGGAGCACUGGCUGGACCAAUAAUAGUAGCAGCCGUUAUUUUGCCAGUUGGUUUUCAAAAUCCCCUCAUUCAAGAUUCCAAAAUACUUAGUCCCAACCAACGAAAAAGAGUUUUCCGAAUAGUGAGAAAAGUGGCCGUAGAGUAUAAUGUAAUUGCCAAAAGUGUCCGGGAAGUGGAAGCCAAAAAUCCGCUCGGAGCCACCAAAGAAGCCAUGGCAGAGGUUAUUCUAAGUCUAAAAAAUAAGUCCGAUUUAGUGCUGGUAGACGGUAAAGAAGAAAUAAUAAUAGCCGGAAUUAAAACAAUAAGCAUUAUUGGCGGAGACCGCCGUUCGAUUAAUAUUGCCGCCGCUUCUAUUGUUGCCAAAGUAAUCCGGGACGCGCUUAUGGAAAAACUCCAUAAAAAAUAUCCUCUUUAUAAUUGA